UCCUUGUUUCUUCUCUCCUAACUAGUGUUCCAUAGGUAAAAUUCAAAUAUAAGAAGAAGAAGAAUGUCACGGCUGAAGGUAGAGAAAGAAACAUUAAGCCCCAAGAUAGAAACCAUUGAUUCCUCAAGUGGUUUCGUUGGUUACAGUUUCUUCAGGCUGCUCUUCCCUGAUUCAAAUUUCAUGAAGCAGCUGAGACUUCCUCGGAGCUUCGGCGACCAUGUUCAAAUAGAGAAACCGAACAAACAAAUAGCAGAGCUCAUAAACCGGAAAGCCAAGUCAUGGAAAGUAAAUCUCAACAAAGAUCCUGAAGGCUUCUUCUGCUUCACUGGCGAAGGUUGGAAAAAACUAGCAAGAGCUCACCAUCUAAAGCUCGGAUACUUCCUCACCUUCGAUUACAAUGGCGGCAUGCUCUUCAACUUCCGUAUCUUUGGCUUAAACACAACAGAGAUUCAGAACUACCCAUCACAGGAGGAGAAGAAGUGCAACGAGGAAGAUGAAGAGAAAGCUAAUAUUUUUGAGGCUGUCAUACACUCCAGUAACCUAUCGAAGCCAUAUAUGAACAUUCCUAAAAAAUGUAAGAAGCUUACGGAGCUUUCAAAGGACGGGGGGAAGGGGAAAGUUGUUCUUAUAGAUGAAAAAGGGAGGAAAUGGCCGGUGAGGCUGAGUCAUAAGGCGGAGAGAGGCAGUACGGAGAGGUUUUUCAUUUAUUCUGGUUGGUUGGAAUUCGUUCAUGGGAAUGGGUUGAGAAGAGGAGAUAGAUGUGUUUUUGAGCUGGUUUGUCUGAGGUUUGAGAGCUUCAUUAAAGUUCGGAUAAUCAGAUGUGGUGUAUAG